AUGACAAUACCGAAAACACUUGGAGAAGUCCCCAGAGAAAAGAAGAAAGAAGAAAAAGAAUCUCUUAGAGAUAUGUUAAAAAAAGCAAAGAAAUUACUUCCACAUCUUUGGCCAUCAAAAAAUGGUAGAUUACAAUUAGCAUGUUUAGGUGCACUCAUCAUCGUGCUCAUAGGUCGAGUCAUAGGUCCUAUCACUCCAUUGGCAUACGGUGGCGUAGUUCGUGCUCUUACGAAUUAUAGAGGAACCGAUGAUAUUGGAGCUCUCAUGAAACCUUUUGGAAUAUAUCUCGCCAUACAAUUAGGUUUUCAAACGUCCCCAAGUCCUCUCAGCAUCAUAAGACAAGUGAUUUGGAUGCCAGUUUCACAAAACGUCGAUCGACAAAUGGCCAAUGUCAUGUUUGAUCAUCUCCUCAAUCUUUCACUAGGAUUUCAUACUAAACGUAAUUCAGGAGAACUUCAAAGAAUCGUCGAUCGAGGAUCAUCUAUAAACAGUAUGCUUGAAACUCUUCUCUUCACGGUCAUUCCUACCCUCUUGGAUCUUGUCAUCGCUUUUGGAGUUUUCUUCUUUUUCUACGGUUGGGCACUCACGAUAACCAUGAUAUCCAUCAUGAGUAUUUAUCUCGCAUUAUCAUUUUACCGUACCAAUACGAUGAAAGAACAUCGUCGAGCUUACAUCAGCGCCGAUAUAAAAUCACGUGGUAUCGUAUCGGACGCUUUGACAAACUGGGAGUCUAUCAAAUAUUUCACUUCCGAACAAAGAGAGGUGAAUCGACACGAUGGUUCAGUUUUGUAUUUUCAAAGUAUGAGUAGGAAAUGGAUCAAAAUGUCUUAUAUAUUCGAACUUCUCAUUUCUCUCACCACGAUGUUAGGAAUGCUUUUAGGUGAAUUUAUCAUUGCUAUUAGAGUUAUUCAUGGUCAAGCCGAUCCUGCGGAUUUUGUAAUUUUCGCUUCUUAUCUCAGUCGUUUACAAAGUCCUCUGAGUAGUCUCAACUAUUUAUACCGAUCAAUUCAAAACAAUAUGACAGACGCAGAGAAAAUGAUAGAUCUUCUGGACGAAAAAGCAGAUGUAAACGACCUUCCAGAAGCGAAAGAUUUAAUCAUCACCGACGGCGUCAUCGAAUUUCGGAACGUUUCAUUUUCUUAUGAUGGUGAAGUUCAAGCUCUCAAAAAUGUUUCAUUCACAGUUGGCAAAGGUCAAUCUAUGGCUUUGGUAGGUAGAUCUGGAUCAGGAAAAUCAACAGUACUUAGAUUGUUAUAUCGUUUUUACGAUGUUGGAGAAGGACAAAUAUUUAUAGAUGGUCAAGAUAUAGCUCAUGUCACUCAACUCAGUUUGAGACAAGCUAUAGGUAUAGUUCCUCAAGAUAACGUCUUAUGGAAUGAUUCUUUAGGAGCAAAUAUCGCUUAUGGUAAACCCGGAUGUACAGACGAUGAAAUUAUAGAUGCUGCUAUAGCGGCACAGAUUCAUGAUAAGAUUAUGAGUAUGCCGGAUGAAUAUGCUUCGGUGGUAGGAGAAAGAGGUGUGAGAUUGUCGGGAGGAGAGAAACAAAGAGUCAGUUUAGCGAGAAUGUUUGUAAAAGCUCCAAAGAUCUUGGUAUUGGAUGAAGCGACUUCUGCUUUAGAUACGGAAACGGAACGUGGGAUUCAAGAGGCUCUUAAGAAAUUGUCGAAAAAUCGUACAAGUUUGUCUAUCGCUCAUCGAUUAUCGACAAUCGUUCAUUCGGAUGUGAUCGUGGUGAUGGACGAAGGUUCCAUCGUUGAGAUGGGCAGCUACAGGGAAUUGCUUCGUAAGAAAGGUGCUUUCGAGUCGAUGUGA